CACGGAGGGGCGGGGCCAGAGCAGGGGCGCGUUCACAAGGCGGGCUCGUGGUCCCGGAGGGGGCGUGGCCUCGCUGGCGGCGCGCCGGCACGUGCCCCGCGCCCGGGCCCGGGUCGGGUUUCGGCGCUGAAACCGGAGCCCCCGUCCGCCCCCCCCGGAGCCCCCCGGGGCGCCCCGCUUCCCCCCCGCCAGCGCCCCGGGGGGUCGCUGCGCUCCACCCGAUCUCCUGGGCGACACGGCGGGUCCCGGGGACAGCGGUGGCCUCGUCCCUGCGAGGGGCGAGCGCUGGUUCGGGGCGAUCUGGUUUCCUCCUGCUUGGCCUCGGUCGUGGGGAGAAGGAGCAGGAGCGGGCGGAAUGUUCUUCCUCUUCCGCGGGCCGCAGCGGCGCGGCACCGGCAGCCCCGCGCCUCCCACCUGCCGGGGCGCCCCCCGGCACCACGGCCCCGGCCGGAGGGGUGCCCGCGGCUCCCGCCCGGCCCCUCGGCUCAGGGGUCCCGGCACAGCCGGCACUGCGGGGAGCCGGGGGAGAUCGAGCCGUAGUGCUGCGUCCCCCACGGAGCGUCACCGGGCUGCCGAGGAGCCGGGGCAGCCCCGGCCGCAGCCCGCUUUGGGGCAGGAUGGGAAGCCACGCUCGGGCGCUCCAGGCUCGGGCACAGGGGACCCCGAGGACAUGCUGGACGCGGCACAGACCCCCCCGAUGCAGGGAUACUCGGUGCUGCAGGGGCUGGUGGGGCCGGCCUGCAUCUUCCUGCGGCAGAGCAUCGCCAUCACCCAACGGGACCGGGAGCUGCGGCCCGAGGAGAUUGAAGAGCUGAAGCAAGCAUUCCGGGAGUUCGACAAGGACCAUGAUGGCUACAUCAGCUACAAGGACCUGGGCGAGUGCAUGCGGACCAUGGGAUACAUGCCCACGGAGAUGGAGCUCAUCGAGCUGUCUCAGCAGAUCACCGGGGGCAAGGUGGAUUUUGAUGAUUUCGUGGAGCUGAUGGGCCCCAAGAUGCUGGCGGAGACGGCGGAUAUGAUUGGGAUCAAGGAGCUGCGUGACGCCUUCCGUGAGUUUGACACCAAUGGGGACGGACAGAUCAGCAUGGCUGAGCUGCGGGAGGCCAUGCGCAAACUCCUGGGGCAGCAGCUCAACUACCGGGAGGUGGAUGAGAUCCUCAAGGACGUGGAUCUCAAUGGCGAUGGCCUGGUGGACUUCGAAGAGUUUGUGCGGAUGAUGUCACGCUGAGGGCGGUGUGUGCCAACGCGGGACCCAAGCCCCCCGUGCCUUACGAAGAGGAGGGGUCCACAGAGGGACCCCCAGCUCCAGGGGCUGGGGCAGUGCUGGUGCAGCGGCACCCGUGCCUGGGGUGAGGCCGGGUGCCGGGGCUGCUCCGAUGCUGAGGUCUGGCCAUGGUGGGAGGCACUGGGGCCAAAGUCGGGACCCUUCUCGGCACAGGCUCAGCCGAACUUGGACCACUCUCGCCCUCAUCUCUGCUCUCUCGCUGCAUCAUCCCCCUUCCCAUCUGGACCUCACCCUAAAAGUCAAACCAUCGUGGUCCCCUCCCCUUCAGCUGUGCCCCAUCCCUAUUGCUCAUCUCUCCAGCCUCCAUUCCCACUCUGUGUGCCACACUGAGCCCCUCAGGCGCCCCCCCACUAUGUUUAAUGCAGACUGCACCGCAUAACCUGCCCUGUAACCGAGGUUUCAGCUCAGACGUACCCCAGACCUGCCUAGGGUGAGGCAUCCCUCCCAUUUGGGGCUGGCCCAGACCCUCGUGGAUGUUCUGGCAGUCCCCAGCACAGGGGAGACUCCUGGCAGCCCAGCCAGGAGACCCUCGAGGAGAAAAUUAAAGCUUCACUGGGUGGAAGGGCCUCAGCCAGCUGCAGGCAGGGCUGCUGUGGGUACCCUCUCU